AUGUCUCAACCUAAGCUUGCGAGACUUCCCAGUAUCAGAGACCGAGUAGAGGGAACCCUCUCCGCUCAUCGUAACGAACUCGUUUCUCUACUCUCCAGAUAUGUAGAUCAAGGGAAAGGGAUUCUGCAACCCCAUAGUUUGAUUGAUGAGUUGGAAAGUAUUCACGGCAAGGGUCAGGUCACCGAGGAUCUCAAAAAUGGGCCCUUUGGUGAAAUCGUCAAGUCCGCGCAGGAAGCCAUAGUUUUGCCUCCUUUUGUGGCAAUAGCAGUUCGUCCACGACCUGGUAUUUGGGAAUAUGUCCGCGUGCAUGUUUUUGAACUUAGUGUGGAGCAAUUAAGUGUUGCUGAAUAUCUCCGUUUCAAAGAAGAACUUGUAGACGGAACGGAUAGUGACCGUUUUAUAUUAGAGCUUGAUUUUGAGCCAUUUAAUGCCUCAUUUCCCCGACCAACUCGCUCGUCGUCCAUUGGCAACGGUGUUCAGUUUCUCAAUCGCCACCUUUCUUCAAUUAUGUUUCGAAAAAAGGAUUCAUUGGAGCCAUUGCUUGAUUUCCUCCGAGCUCACAAAUAUAAAGGCCGUGGACUGAUGUUAAAUGAUCGUCUACACAGCAUUUCCAAACUCCAGUCUUCUUUGGCCAAGGCUGAGGAUCAUCUUUCUAGGCUUCCACCUGAUACACCCUAUUCUGAAUUUGAAUAUAUAUUACAAGGAAUGGGUUUUGAGAGAGGUUGGGGUGAUACAGCUGAACGGGUUUUGGAGAUGAUGCAUCUACUGUUGGACCUUCUUCAGGCUCCUGAUCCUUCUACUCUAGAGACUUUUCUUGGGAGAGUGCCUAUGAUGUUCAACGUUGUUAUAUUAUCUCCUCAUGGUUACUUUGGGCAAGCCAAUGUUCUGGGUUUGCCUGACACUGGUGGGCAGGUUGUAUAUAUAUUAGAUCAAGUGCGUGCACUUGAGGACGAGAUGCUCCUUAGGAUCAAGAAACAAGGACUUGAUCUCACACCUAGAAUUCUAAUUGUUACUAGGUUAAUACCUGAUGCAGGGGGGACAACAUGCAACCAGCGACUAGAAAGAGUCUGUGGUACUGAACAUACUCAUAUUUUGCGAGUUCCUUUCAGAUCAGAGAAAGGAAUUCUUCGAAAAUGGAUCUCAAGGUUUGAUGUCUGGCCUUUUCUUGAGACUUUCGCACAGGAUGCUGCUAGUGAAAUUGCUGCUGAAUUACAAGGGUACCCUGAUUUCAUCAUUGGAAACUACAGUGACGGGAAUCUCGUUGCAUCUUUACUAGCUUGUAAAAUGGGAGUCACACAGUGCACCAUUGCCCAUGCACUGGAGUUAACAAAAUAUCCAGAUUCAGGUACUUAUUGGAGGAAGUUUGAUGAUAAAUAUCAUUUUUCAUGUCAGUUCACAGCGGAUCUAAUAGCCAUGAAUAGCGCUGAUUUUAUCAUCACAAGUACAUACCAAGAGAUUGCAGGAACGAGGAAUACUGUUGGCCAGUAUGAGAGUCACACUGCUUUUACUCUUCCUGGGCUCUACAGGGUUGUUCAUGGCAUUGAUGUUUUUGAUCCUAAGUUCAAUAUUGUCUCUCCCGGAGCAAAUAUGUGCAUAUAUUUCCCUUACUCAGAAAAGCAGAGAAGACUUACAUCUCUGCACGGUUCAAUUGAAAAGUUAUUAUACGAUCCUGAGCAGACCGAUGAAUACAUUGGUACACUGAAAGAUCGGUCAAAGCCCAUAAUAUUCUCCAUGGCGAGGCUAGACCGAGUGAAAAACAUUACUGGGUUGGUAGAAAGCUAUGGUAAGAACAGCAAACUGAGAGAACUGGUCAACCUUGUUGUAAUAGCUGGUUACAUUGAUGUAAGCAAGUCCAGGGACAGAGAAGAAAUAGCUGAAAUCGAAAAGAUGUAUGAUCUCAUAAAAACAUAUAAAUUAGAUGGUGAUUUUCGAUGGAUUGCUUCGCAAACAAAUAGAGCACGUAACGGUGAGUUGUAUCGCUACAUAGCAGACACAAAAGGUGCUUUCGUUCAGCCUGCUUUCUAUGAAGCUUUUGGGCUUACAGUUGUGGAGGCCAUGACUUGUGGCCUUCCGACAUUUGCUACUUGCCAUGGUGGCCCAGCUGAGAUUAUCCAGCACGGUAAAUCAGGAUUCAAUAUCGAUCCUUAUCACCCUGAUCAAGCUUCUGACCUGUUGGUUGAAUUCUUUGAACGAUGCAAAGAGGAUCCAAGCCAUUGGAAUAAAAUAUCCGACGGUGCUCUUCAAAGAAUUUACGAAAGGUACACAUGGAGGAUUUAUUCUGAAAGGCUUAUGACACUAGCGGGAGUUUAUAGUUUCUGGAAGUACGUCUCCAAAUUAGAGAGGCGUGAAACUCGACGAUAUCUUGAAAUGUUCUAUAUCCUUAAAUACCGUGAUUUGGCCAAGUCUGUUCCGCUGGCAAAGGAUGAUGAAAAUUAA